AUGGAGGUUUCGAAUAAUGUACCACCCCAACAACAAGUGGAACACAAUGCAGAUAGUACAUUGCAUCCUAAACGGUUAUCUGGUACUGUGACCUUCGAGGAACCAUCAACCACAGUUCCAAUCACUGAGCAAGACUCCAAAUCUAAUAUAACUUCUCAAUCCAUAAUGAACAAAUCCUUGUUUAAUAGUUUCUUUCUAAUAAGAAUCUUGGAGAAAAUACCUCUCAUCAUUAAAUUGGCCCUCAUUAUUGCCUUUUGCUUGAUUCCUAUGGCAGUAUUUGGUGCCUUACUGAUCAAUUCUGCUGCUGUCAACUUGAGCCAUGCGAAUGAGAUUAAAAAACUAUCAAAAGUAACAGUGCACCUCUCAGAAAUUGUUAAUUCUUUGCAGAAUGAAAGAGGAACCACAGCUCUUUAUCUAGGUUCUCACAAGAGACAGUAUAUUAUUCAAUUAGCUAAAGCAAGAAAUCAAACUGACAUUGCUAUAGAAAGAUUCUUGGCACUUUCAGUAAGCCCUAACGAUAUUUUGAUUAAUGAAAAGUGGAAGAGGACGUGGUAUUUGUUUGAGGAUUAUUUGGGAAAGGUUACAAAUUAUUCGAAAGGUAUUGGAGAGUGGAGAAUGAAAGUGGAGGAUGUUACUAACGAAACCUUUUUACCAACAUUCCAAAUCGUCAGUGAUUGGAAUUCCCUGACCAAUGAUUUGAUUAGAGUUAUAACAAGUCAAAGCUUGGAUCCAACUUUUGCAAUAAUUCACAAUUCAUUCAACUUGCUUACCUCAACUAAGGAAUAUCGAGGAAUUAGAAGAUUUUUAGGAACUUUUGGAUUUUUAAAUGGAAGUUUGUCUCAAAGUUCGAUUAAUUCAUUUAAAGAGGCUGCCAUUAGAGGAAGAUUGCUUAGACACUUAUUUUCACUUCAAGCAUCCAACGAUAUUUACGAAGAAUUCCAUUCAAAUGUUCUCAGUAAUGAUCAGCAAAAUGUCUGUCAGAGAAUGGAAGACUAUGUCUUGGCAAAUUAUCAAAAUUUAACAAAGUAUACAGUUCAAGAAUGGUAUGAUAACAUGACUCUAUGCAUGGAUUCAUUUAGGAAUGUGGAAGAUGGAAUGAGAGCUUUCUUAUUAGACUAUUCGAAUCAAAUUGGUUCGAAUGCUACCGAUUCAUUAAUUGCAUUUACCAUAGUUAUAGUAAUGGUGGUUCUUGUGGCAGCAUUAGUGGCAUUACUAUUUUCGAAAACUAUUCUAGGACCUUGGAAGAAAAUGUUGCGUCUCCAAGAGGACAUGGUUUACAAAUUCGUGCCACGAGAAUUCAUGUCCAUUAUUAAUAAGGAGAAGGUUACAGAUUUGCAUCAUGGUGAUUUCUUUGAGAAGGAGUUGGACAUUAUGUUUGUCGAUAUUCGAAACUAUACUUCAAUGAGUGAGAGACUACCAACUGAUCAAAUGUUCAAAUUCUUGAAUCGAUAUUUGGCUUUGGUUGGUCCGAUUGUGAGGAGAAAUUGCGGAUAUAUUGAUAAAUAUAUGGGUGAUGGAUUUAUUGCCCUAUUUACAGAGCCAGGCCAUGCACUGAAAGCAUCUAUUGAAAUUCAAAAUUGUGUUCUGGUGUUUAAUGAGAGCGUGUCACCAAUCAUUGGUCCUAUUUCAAUAGGAUGUGGAAUUGUCAGAGGUCGAUGUGCAGUUGGUUUGAUAGGUGAAUCAAAGAGAAUGGAUCCAACUAUAGUUGGGGAUGCCGUCAAUUUAUCUGCUCGAUUAGAAUCUCUGACGAAAUAUUACAAUGCCAAGAUUCUAGUUUCGAAAAGUGUAACCGAUUCUUGUUCACCUAUUUGGCUGGGAGAUGGAGGGACUUGGCGAUCCAUUGGAAAAAUAUGUGUAGUGGGUAAGAGAAAUUAUGUAGAAAUUAUGGAAAUUAUUCCUUUUAAUAAUUGUAAGAAACGGUCAACUAAGGAAAUGUUUGAGAAGGCCAUUACACACCUAUUUUGCAGAGAUAAAUUUGAUCCCAUUACUGCUGAGCAACUAUUAGAACAAGUUUCUAUCAUUGAUCCAGACGAUAGGAUUUGUAAAAUGAGAUUAUUAUUGGCACAGUCGUUGGUUGUGGAUUGUUCACACUGGGAUUUUGUUGAUACUCCAAAUACCAAAUAA